AUGGAGGAUGUACCUUAUUCAAGCGCGGUGGGAAGCCUUAUGUAUGCCAUGGUUGGUUCCAGACCGGACCUUGCUUACGCUGUUGGAAUGGGAUGUCGUUACAUGAGUCAACCUGGAAGGGAGCAUUGGUCAGCUGUGAAAUGGAUAAUGCGAUAUAUUAGAGGAGCGUUGAAGGUGAACUUAUCUUUCAAAAAGGGAGAAGACUUCAAGAUUCGAGGGUACUGCGAUUCGGACUAUGCUACUGACAGAGAUUGCAGCAGGUCUAUCACUGGAUACAUUUAUACUGUUGGUGGUAACACGGUGAGCUGGAGGUCGUCGCUGCAGAAGGUAGUGGCUUUGUCCACUACAGAAGCAGAAUACAUGGCACUGUCAGAUGCAGUUCGAGAGGGUAUCUGGUUAAAAGGAAUAUGUGAGGAGCUGAAGCUAAACAGUGGAGCAGUAGAAGUUCAUUGCGACUCUCAGAGUGCUAUCUACCUAGCAAGAAACUUUGUCUACCGAGAGAAGACUAAGCACAUAGCGACGAAGUACAAUUUCAUCAGAGACAUAAUUGCAGAUGGAAUUGUAGAGCUACGGAAGAUUCACACGUCAGUGAAUCCUGCUGAUAUGUUAACAAAGGUAUUACCUGAAGAGAAGUUCGAAGGAUGCUUAGCAAAGCUAGGCGUCAUGGAAGCUUGA